AUGGGGCACCUUAAAGAAAACCAGACAAGAAUAAAUGAAUUCCUUUUGAUGGCCAUAUCCCCAACAUGGGAGUCCCAAGCCAUCCUUUUUGCGGUCUUCCUCCUGGUUUACGCAUCUACCAUAGUAGGAAAUAGUCUUAUCAUGCUGACAGUGACUUCUGACCUUCGACUGCAAACACCUAUGUACUUCCUGCUGGGGAACCUCUCCUUCGUGGACCUUUGCUACUCCACAGUCACAACCCCUAAAAUUCUAGUGGACCUUUUGUCCAAGAAGAAGAGCAUUUCCUUUGAUGCCUGCAUGGCCCAGCUCUUUUUCCUCCAUUUUGUGGGUGCUACCGAGAUGUUCCUUCUCACCAUCAUGGCCUAUGACCGGUAUGUGGCUAUUUGCAAGCCUCUGCACUAUCCCAAUAUCAUGAACAGGCAGCUUUGUAGCUGGCUGGUGGCAGCCUCUUGGACUGGGGGCUUCAUCCACUCCACAGUCCAGUUAGUUCUCACUAUAGGGCUUCCCUAUUGUGGGCCCAACCAACUGGACAACUUCUUCUGUGAUGUCCCACCGGUUAUCAAGCUGGCCUGCACUGAUACCUACGUCACUGAACUCCUCAUAGUCUCCAACAGUGGCCUCAUCUCAAUCAGCUGCUUUGUCAUCUUGGUUGCUUCCUAUGCCACCAUCCUGGUGAGGAUCCGCUCCCCUGAGGGACGGCGCAAAGCCCUCAAUGUCUGUGCCUCUCACCUAAUGGUGGUGACAUUGUUCUUUGGUCCUUGCAUCUUUAUCUACGGUGGGCCCUUAUCCACUAUCUCAGUAGACAAGCUGACCCCUGUCCUGUACAAUAUCAAUAUCAUUACUCCCAUGCUGAAUCCAUUGAUCUACACUCUGAGAAACAAAGAUGUUAAGUCAGCCAUAAGGAAGCUGACAGGGAAGGAAACAAUUUCUGAUGGGAAGGUAGACAUGUGA